GGGUUUCAUAAAUCAGGGGUUGGAACUCCAGUUCACGAACGCAGAAGAACAAGGGCAGGGAAUUUAGCAAAACUUUUAAUCAUUAAUUUAUUUGUUAAUCUCAAUCAGUAUUCUUAAAAAAAUAAACCCAUUUUUCGGGGGCUAAUUGGGUGUUCUCAGAUCUGAAAGUUGUGAUGUCAGCAAAAAAAUUCAGGUCAAAAACCCUCAAAUAAGGAGAGAAACAAAGUUUUCGAGGCCCGUACUCAUUUCAAAGCAUCCUCUACAGAAAGUAUCAAGGCAACAGAAACAUACACCUCUAUUUUGAAAAUCAGGUAAAGAGAGACGUACGAUGAUUGUGUGGGAUUGGUUGAGUGUAUGAGCUACUGUUUUGUUACGAUGGAAGAAGAAUCAGGCACAGCAGGAGAAUCCAGUCAGGCUCCUAAGAUUGAUACCGUAGUUGGUACUAUUGUUUGGGUGAGGAGGAGAAAUGGCUCGUGGUGGCCUGGAAGGAUAUUAGGCGCAGAUGAGCUCUCCGAGACUCACUUGCUGUCUCCUAGAUCAGGAACUCCUGUCAAGCUUCUUGGAAGAGAGGAUGCUAGUGUGGACUGGUACAACAUUGAGAAAUCCAAACGUGUUAAAGCCUUCCGAUGUGGUGAGUAUGAUGAUUGUAUAGAGAGAGCAAAAGCUUAUGCAAAUCUUCCAGCAAAAAAGGUGGUGAAGUAUGCCCGUAGAGAAGAUGCUAUUCUUCAUGCUCUUGAGCUUGAAAAAAAACAGCUAAUGCAGAAACAACAAUCCACUUGUCUGGAAGUGCCGUGCUCUGAUGAAAAGAAGCAUGGUAGUAAGGCGAAGCAAUCACAGGUCUGUGUUCCUGGCUCACCCAAAGAUAAAAGUGAGCAGAAGCCUGGUGAUUACAGUGUCAUUGUGGAUCAUGAUUCACCUUUGGAUGCCUCACAUUCAGCUGUAUCAUUUCAGCAAACAGAUUCCAUUAGUGCUCCAGGACCUGUUGAUAUUCAGAAGGUGAAACGAGUAAAUGAGGCAGAUGUGGAAGAUGAUGGUAUCCAAGGAACAACUCGAAUGAGAGGUCUACAGGACUUUGGAUUGAAGAUUGUUCCCAAGAAAAAGCAGCCUUAUUUGCCUGCAACAUGUGAAGGUAUUCCAAAAGCAAUCCUUCCUGAGAAUGUUGUUCGUAGUCCAUCUUAUAUUGGUCGUAGCAUAGGUUAUGGGAGCCCUGUGAACAGUAGUAAAGGCUCUUCAUUAACAUUAAAAAAGAAAAAAUCUGAAGUGGGACCUGUGCAAGAGAGCUUUGCAAAAAGACGUGAUCGGCGUCGUCCUCUUACAAAGGUUCUAGAGAGCAGUGCAAAAUUACCAGUUCCCAGUUUUUCUGAUUACAAUUAUAGUGUAGUUGAAUCAGUCCGUAAACGAAACAUGGAGAGUGAAAUUGGUAUUUUGCAGUCAAAGCCAGUUAAAUCAAGCUUAUCAACACUGCCUCGAAAUAGUUCAGAGUAUACAGGAACCUCUUUGGAGAAAGAUAUAUCAAUGCAGACUUAUCCACAUGUCUAUGAAGCCAUAAAUGGAGGCAUUCAUUCUGUUUCUCUGGUCACUGAAAAUGCAUGCUCUAAUUUAUCAGAGCACAUGGAUGUUAAUUAUUGUGAUAAAAGCUAUUUGCAUCCUGACUAUCCUAUGGAGGAAAAUGGCCUUACAGAUGUUACCCUACUUUCAAGCUCAACAUCAAGGAGGUUCCGUUCUGGUAUGGUGGGCAGGCAACCUAGUCGACCAAUUGAAGGUCAAUUAAGUGUAACAAGCAAGGAAGGACUUGAUGAGACCGGCUUUUCCAGCUAUUUGUGUCAGUCUGAUUCUGUUGAGCAGAACAUGCAUGGUAUCCCUGAUCAACGUGUCUCUAAAUGGCAGUCAAAAGGGAAACGUAAUGCAAGGCCAUUAAAUAAGAAACACUGUGAAAGCUCAAACUGGGGAAGUGCAGUUGAAACAGGGGAUACAUGUACUGCACCUAUGUAUGGAAUCCCAUAUGAAGAUAAGUUUACUUUGAAUAAGGAACUUGGAACCAAGAAAGUUAUUGGGGGCAGCUAUGGCAAAUUUGUGUCAUCAGUAAAACAGGAGGAAGAGUUGAAUAACUAUUUUUUUUCAGAAGGCCUCCUCCAAGAUGGUUGUAGACAGAGAAAAAAAAUGUUUUCUGACAAUCAAAGACACAUCAGGCUGGGGAAUCCAAUAUCAAAAGUCAAGGCUGAAGUAGACGAUUUACACUUUCAAGCAGAGAUUGACCAAUAUAUUCCUGAAGGGACGGCGGGUUCCUUUUCAAAUGGUAACUCUCAGGGCAUGUCACCAUCAGAGGAGAUGAGUACUAAAAUAGAAUCAUCACUGUCAGAUGAGAAAAUAUUCAAAACUAAGUGGUUAAUACAAACAGACAGUCAAGAGACAGGGCAGCAGAGGAUGCAUAUGGAAGGAUUAGAUUCUGGGACAUCUUCAGGGAUGAUAUUUGAGACACUCAAGUCUGUUGGAGAAACACAAUUCAAAGUGUCUGAUUCAGCGAGAGUUUCUAAGCUUGGAAUAAAUGCAUCAGAUUUAAGUAGAAGUAUGCUAUUUGAUGUGCAUGUGGAAGCAAAAGCAACUUACCAAGGGGAACAUGUGCCUUUAGUUUCUCUAAUGAGCAGAUUAAAUGGGAAAGCGAUUGUGGGACAUCCUGUCACUGUUGAGAGCUUGGACUAUGGUUACUGUGAUGCUUAUAUUGCAGAUGAUAGUCAUCUCAACGAGACAAUUGCUGAUUCUCUAAUCUAUGGUGAUGGGGGAAUAGGGAAAAGUACAGUCCAACCACCGUGGAGAACUGCGAGGAGAACAGAAAUGCAACGUGUACCUCGAGGUUGCCCCUCAAGGAAGGGGUAUAAUGUGAACCAUAGUUUAUGCCAACCUUCAGGAAGUCAAAAUGGACUGUUUGCUGUCAAGGCAGGUUAUGCAGGUAUUAAUGAUAAAAGCCGCUAUAUUAGGAAGAAUUCCCUGCAUAGGCGCCUACCCACAUUGGACAAGAAGUCAUCAAAGAAGUUACUGAAACGAAUUGGUUUGUCAUCUAAAAAGACAAGGACAUUGUCUUCAAUAGACGUGGAACAUGAAUUGAAAUAUCUGAAUGGUGAGUCACAGCCAUUAAAAUUAGCAGAAGCACCUUUAGUCACUUGCAUCCCAUUGAAACUUGUAUUUAGCAGGAUAAAAGAAGCAGUUGGGAAUUCUCCGAAAGCUGGAAACUGUGGUUUAUCAUCCAGUGGUUCAAGAUGAUAAAAUUAAGUGAAGACAAAGCACUUCUCAAUUGAACUACUGCUUGCGGUCUUCAUUUCAACUCCAAGUAAAGGAACUUGAUGAAUAUACAUUUGUUCCUUUUGUACCUCUAGUAUGCAUGUGCUUUUGCAUUGUACUGCCAGCACACAAAUUGGCAGUGAAUUGCUUACAUAUGGAUAGGCUUCAAAGGCCUUGAAGGUUCAGAGUGAUGCAUUUAGUGCUACAGUCAUAUUCCCAGGGGGGAGUUUUGACUUUUGGAUACACACACAAACAAAUAUGAAUGAUAAUGGUGAUAACGCAAUGGAGAUUGCCCAGAAAGUGUUUCUGCAUGAUUCAAGAUGAAAAAAGCAUCAACAAUUAGAAGGACAAGGGUGGUAUUCAUUGUCUACUUUGUAUACAGGUCUCUGCUUCCGUUCCUCUGUUAUCUAUUGAUAUAUUUGAUUUUGAGGCAGACUUAAGCAUUUAUAUUCUUCUAUUACCUUCAAAGUGAUCUUAUUGGAGCCAUAUGUUACUCUAUUCAACUAAUUCCAAGUUCCGACUUUAUGAGCAGCAUUUGAAAUGACUAGUUCGGUGCAGCUGCCUAACUGUGUGCAAGAUAUGCAGGCUAAGUUACUAACAUGUAAUAUUUUGAUAUGUAAAGGAGAUUAACUCAAAACUUUUUAUGCUGAAGAAAUUCAUCUUUGUACACAUGUAGAUAUGGUUCAUGAAAAUACUUAACAGUAUAUUUGAAGAUGGAAUAUUCACAUUGCUUUAGAGCUGAUGAUGAAAAAAUUGGUUAUUGAUUAUUUUUUGUAAAUAUGCAAGUUUUAUGCUUCAACUUUCUCACUA